AUGUCUGAAACAAAUAAAUGUCAAGAAGUUGUCUCGGCAUUCCCUCCUCCUCCUCCAUACUAUAAAUUAUAUAACUCAGAAGAGACAGCAUUGGAAUCUCCACCAUGUAUAAUUGGUCCAUUUAUGUGUUUUGGGUCAAUACUAUCCUCAGAAAUAAAUAUCCCCCCAUUAGAUAGCGAUACAAGUCUAUAUAACCAAGAAAAUUCAGAUUUAAUUCAAGAACUGCGUUGUUUAAAUAGCUUAUUUCAAGAGAAUAUCCUUAAUUUGUUCAAAAAAAGUGGUCAAGGAAGUAUAGAGGUAUCGGCAAUUAAACACAUAGUUAAGAUACAUUCAAAUAUGAACCAUAUAUUGGAGAAGUUAAGGUUAAUACAAGCAUAUUAUCUUAUUAUGAAACAAUUAGAAUUACAAAUUCAAGAAAAAAAAGAGCUUAUAGAACAAAUGAGACAACUUUUAACAAAAUGUAAUGAAAAUACUAUAUCUAGUGAUAUUAUUUAA